AGAAAUGAGUUAAAGUGUGCUUUUCUUUCUACUACCUUUCAUCUUCAAUACCUACCAAAAACACACACUCUCUCUCCCUCUCUCUCUCUCUCUCUCUCUCUCUCUUUUAUUUGAUUCAUACAUCAUACCCUUCAGUUAAACUCAACUCAGCCUUUGAAUCCAUGAAAUAGAACCAUUUUUUUAACUUUGACAUACUCACUUUCACUACUUCAUGGCGGUUCCUAACACACAAACAGAACCACCCGCUUCAGCUCAAACCCCACUUAUUAUAUUAGACUCAAACCAACAAGAAGAACUAAAUGACACUCAACUAAAUCACUCCCUCCAUCGCUUAGAAACAUUUCUUAGAAUCUUUGGCUUCUGCCAAUACUCUGCUUUAAGCAUCACUCUGUCAUGGCUCGUAUUUCUUCUUCUAGGUGUUGCACUUCCACUUUCUAUAAUCGAGCUCUCUUAUUGUUCCAACUGCGAGAAGUAUCAGAUCAAAAACUUUGAGCUUGAGAUUCUGGUUUCUGAGUCCCUUUUGGCAGCCAUUUCUCUGCUGUUCAUUUCACACAACCUUCGCAAGUAUGGUGAAAGGAAGUUUCUGUUUGUGGAUCGGUGUCAUGGUCAUAUGACACAGUUUCGUGAAGAAUACUUACAAAAGAUCAACGGUUUCUUUCGCUUGUUGGCAGUGUGGCUAUUACCAUGCUUCCUUUUAAAGACUGUUCGCGACGUCAUUCGUAUGGUAUAUGCGCACAAUGAUUCAUGGUGGCUAUCUGUUGCUACAUUAUUUGCCUCGCUGGUUUCAUGGACUUAUUCAACCACAAUCUUUCUAUCAGGCAGUGCUCUUUUCAAUUUGGUCUGCAACUUGCAAAUUAUACACUUUGAAAACUAUGGGAAGCUUUUGGAAAGGGAUCUCGAUGUUUCAGUGUACAUAGAGGAGCACAUUCGUCUAAAGCAUAAUCUAUCCAAAAUUAGCCACAGGUUCCGAAUAUAUCUUGUUCUGGAGUUGUUAGUUGUGACAGCUAGUCAAUUUGUGGCUCUGCUAGAGACCACGGGAAACCCUGAUAUUAUUAACUUCAUCAAUGGUGGUGAUUUUGCAGUAUCCUCUAUCGUUGAGCUUGUUGGGCUCAUAAUUUGCCUUCAUUCAGCUGCAAAGAUUUCAUAUAGAUCUCUAAGUCUUGCAGCAAUUUCAAGCAGAUGGCAUGCUUUAGUUACGUGCAACCCCAAUGAUGUUUCUCAAAGGGGAAUUUCAAGUAAUGGUGGGAACUUGGAGGCUGCUAUUUCAGCAGGUUCAUUGCCCAUCAACUACUCAGAAAGUGAUCUGGAGUCGAUCGAUUAUUUCCCAGUACCUACAAAUACUCAAAUGGCCUCUUACAUAUCCAUGUAUCAUAAGAGACAAGCUUUUGUUAUGUACAUGCAGUCCAACCUUGGCGGAGCAACCAUAUAUGGAUGGACGAUUGAUAGGCCACUUAUUAAUACAAUUUUCUUUCUCGAGUUCUCCCUAGUUCUUUUUGUACUAGGGAAGACCAUAACUUUCACUACGAAGUGACAGUGUUAAGAACCCACUUGGACAACAGUGGCAAGGCAAUCUUUUGUCCAGCCUGUUUUUUUUAAAGGCAGCAGACUGAUUACACCAGCAAGACUGCUUGUGCCUUGCAGUUCAUUAGCUUCUAAUCAAGAAUUAAAACUUUAUUUAUGCCUAACAUAAUAUUGUUGCCAGGUAUAACUGACAGAUAUUAUUGGACUUUUUUUUUUUUGUGGACUAUAUUAUAUAAUGAAGUAGUUUCACACGGCUCAUUCUAUUUGCCAGUGCCGUGAGAUAACACUAUCAAUCACCAAUCUAAAGGUCCUUUCAACUAAGAAAUUUUAAGU